UGGACACGAACAGGUGGACCAAAGACCACAAAGAAGAAAGAAAGAGACAUCUACUAAGUGAAGACUUCGUCCGAAAGUAGGCCCAGCUGGAGAAGCGCUGUGUUUGUGCUUUAACGCGAACCGCCUAACUCCACGGUAUAAAAUUUAUGACUGCUUUUGAUGGCUUUGGAUGUCCAGAUGCCGGCAGGUAUUACGCACUGGAAUAGCGCCCGGGGUGUUGCGCUCUAGGCGUGGCGGGGCGUCUUCCACAAGACGGAACAUUUGCUCUGCGUCGUAGCCCUAUCAAAGGAGCCAAGACGUUGCUCCGCACCGAGUCGCGUGGCCCCAGUCCGAGGCGCGGUGGACGAGCGGGAAGGUCGACUCUCGGCCCCUUCCAGAGCGGAAUGAUGCACUGCGCUGGCUGCGAGAGGCCCAUUCUGGAUCGGUUCCUCCUCAACGUUCUAGACCGAGCGUGGCACGCCAAGUGCGUGCAGUGUUGCGAGUGCAACUGCAACCUGACCGAGAAAUGCUUCUCCAGGGACGGCAAGCUCUAUUGCAAAAUUGACUUUUUCAGGCGUUUCGGCACGAAAUGUGCAGGUUGUUUGCAGGGCAUUUCUCCAAGCGACCUCGUGCGAAAAGCACGCAGCAAGGUUUUCCAUCUAAAUUGCUUCACGUGCAUGGUGUGCAACAAGCAACUGUCCACGGGCGAGGAGCUUUACGUCAUUGACGAAAACAAGUUUGUGUGCAAAGAGGACUACCUGAGCGCUAGCGCUAUCAGAGAGGUUAACUUGAACUCAGUGUCAUCGUGUACCGACCGAAGUUUAUCGCCCGAUCUACCGGACACCGUCCAGGACGACACGAAGGAGACGGACAAUUCCACGUCCUCGGAUAAGGACACUAAUAACAACGAAAACGAGGAGCAGAAUUCGUGUCAGAAGCGAAGGGGCCCUCGCACCACCAUCAAGGCCAAACAGCUGGAGACGCUGAAAGCAGCGUUCGUGGCCACGCCAAAGCCCACGCGGCACAUCCGCGAACAGCUCGCGCAGGAGACCGGGCUCAAUAUGCGCGUGAUACAGGUGUGGUUCCAGAAUAGACGCUCCAAAGAGCGGCGGAUGAAGCAGCUGAGUGCCCUGGGCGCGCGUCGCCACGCCUUCUUCCGGGGCCCGAGGAGAAUGCGUCCCCUGGGCGGCCGGCUGGACGACCCCGACAUUCUGGGCCCCGGAGGGUACGGCUACUACGGAGAGUACCAGGGGGACUACUACGGCCCAGGGCUCAACUACGACUUCUUCCCCCACGGACCCCCUUCCUCACAGGUCCCCUCUCCGGCCGAGCCCCCUUACCUCCUGGGCUCGGGUGUGCUGGAGGCGUCCGGGGGCCCGCCGCCGCACCACGGCGCGGACGAGCAGCGCUUCGCCGACGCACUGUCGCACGCGGACACGCCCAGCCCGGAGCCGCCCGUGGCGGGUCCCCUGCACCCUGGCGCAGACGCCGGCGGGGGCAGCGGCUUCGGGGCCGGGCCCAGCCCACCCUUCCCCCUGGCCGCCGGCACGGCCUACGGCUCCGGCCUGCCCCACCCGGGCCAGGACAUGGGCGAGAACACGGUCUGGUAGCUCCGCGCCGGGCACGGAUAGAGAACACGGGGACGACAUACGCAGGACGAAAACCGAAAACCAGAACGCUCCAGCCACUUUUCCUAGAAAAAAAAACAAAAACAAAACAAACAAACAAACAAAAACAUUCACGACCCCCACAAGCCCUUCUGGACAUCCACCUUUACCGGGCAACGCCUCAGUGGCGUGACUGCGGGACGAAGCGGUGUCCUGACGGCGUCCUGACGGUGUCCUGCAGAGCAGGCUCCGCCCCAUGGGACAGGGGAGGAUGGGGUUCAGAUACGGAUGGGGGCUCGAACCCAGCAGGGACCAUUUCCUUCUCACUCCGCUCACUUGAGUUUUCAGAUCCACAGCGACACUGUUACCCUGGACGACUGGCCACUGCCAGCGGAGAUCUUUCCGUUGCAGUGCUCCCCGCCCCCAGCUUGAGUAUUAUGGUAUGGCAUGGUGAUCUACGUUAGAGCUCAUACCUGUUAGCUUUAUCCAAGCUUUUUUUUCUUUGAUUCACAGUCUACCAGAGUUCCUCCAUGUCAAGACGCUGGAAUGCCUAGAAAAAUGGUCAUCGAGUUUAUUUGAAAACUUGGCCAUUCUGGUCAUUUGGACUUUGGUUAUUUCUUUAUCCAAGAGUUUGGGGUUGAAUGAAUUCCUUUUUUCUGUCUUAAAACUCUGGUCUGUUUGUAACAUGCAGUAUUUCGCUAUUUCGUUCACUGAAAAAUUAAACAUUUUGAUGAACACUGA